CUAAUCUACUAAUUUGUGGCAGAGAAAUAUUCCAUUUCAUAUUCAGUGCACCUUAUAUUAAUAUCACCUGGAGUGAGCUAUCUAGUACAUAAUUUGAUUUUGUUGAGUUGAGAGAAUGGCCUAUAUUGUGAAUGAUCAUGAAGAACAGAUGAAGCAGCUGAAAGGGCAGCCUAGGCUUCCCACUUGGGUAGUCCCAAAACACUAUGAUCUCACUUUAAACCCCAAUAUUUUAGCUUCUAAUUUUACAGGCAGUGUACGGAUUCAUCUUUCUGUACUUGAUCCAACUCGCUACCUCGUACUCAACUCCCUUGACUUGAUCAUCCACGAAGUUUCAUUUACCACGAAUGAACUAGUAUGUACUGAAUAUAAACAUGUGCCUUGUGAUGUUGUGGUGGAUGGAGAGGAUGAGAUACUUGUGUUGCUGUUUGAGGAGGCUCUUUCUUUGGGGGAAGGGAUUCUGAGCAUCAACUUUUCUGGGAUAUUAGAUGAGCAUAUGAAGGGUUUUUACAGAGGGACCUAUGUAGAUGGAGGAGUGAAGAAGAAUAUGGCAGUGACACAAUUCGAAGCUGUGGAUGCACGCAAAUGUUUUCCCUGUUGGGAUGAACCUGCUUUAAAGGCUACCUUCAAGAUUACAGUCGGUGGUGUACCAUCUGAAUUGACAGUAUUGUCUAACAUGCCAGUUUGUCAAGAAAAUUCCGAUGGAAUCUUGAAGAGCGUACAGUUUGAGGAAUCACCGAUAAUGUCAACAUAUUUGGUGGCUGUUGUAAUUGGUUUGUUCGAUUACAUUGAAGAUAAAACAUCUGACGGGAUUGUUGUUCGUGCAUACUGUCCUGUUGGGAAAAGUGAAAAGGGAAAGUUAGCUCUUAAUAUUGCUGUUAAAGCACUCGACAUAUACAAAAACUACUUCUCGGUGCCUUACUCACUUCCUAAGCUGGAUAUGGUCGCUGUUCCUGAUUUUUCUGCCGGAGCCAUGGAGAAUUAUGGGUUGAUUGUCUAUCGUGAGACUGAGCUUUUGCAUGAUGAUUUGCAUUCUGCAGCAGCUAACACACAACGGCUUGCAAUUGUUGUAACUCAUGAAGUUGCCCAUCAGUGGUUUGGUAACUUGGUAACGAUGGAAUGGUGGACUCAUCUGUGGCUUAAUGAAGGUUUUGCCACAUGGAUAAGUUAUUUAGCAACUGACAUCAUAUAUCCCGAGUGGAGGAUUUGGACUCAAUUCCUUGAUACAACUACUGGUGGACUGCAGAUGGAUGCACUGGAAACCUCACAUCCAAUAGAGGUGGAGGUACGCACUGCUCGUGCAGUUGAUGAGACUUUUGAUGCUAUAAGUUACAAAAAAGGAUCAUCUGUCAUACGGAUGUUGGAGGAUUAUCUUGGUGCUGAUAUUUUCCAGAAAUCAUUAGGUUCAUAUAUAAAGAGAUAUGCCAGCAAAAAUGCUAAGACAGAAGAUCUAUGGAGCGUUCUUUCAGAAGAAUCUGGAAUUGAUGUGAACAAAUUCAUGAAUACAUGGACAAAGCAGAAGGGCUUUCCAUGCAUCUCUAUUAAAAUCAAUGAUUCUAGUUUAGAGUUUGAGCAGGCACAAUUUUUAUCCUCUGGUAGGCAUGGUGAUGGGUUGUGGGUCAUUCCGAUAACUUUCUCACUUGGUUUAAACCAUAAAAGAAGUUUCCUUCUAGACACGAAAUUAAGAAGUUUAACCCUGUCCCAGUUGCAAGCAUCUGUUGAUGGAAGUUCAAGCUCAACUGAGAUGAAUGAAGAAGAGAUUCUAAAAAACUUGGUAAUCAAAGUAAAUGUUGGGCAGACUGGUUUUUAUAGGGUAAAGUAUGAUGAUAAAAUAGCAACUCAGUUGAAGAAAGCUAUAAAGGAGAACUCCUUGACAGCAGCAGAUAAAUUUGGCAUUUUGGAUGAUACAUAUGCUCUUUGUGAGGCUUGCGAAUUGCCAUUAUCUAAUCUGCUCUCCUUAUUGAACGUCUACAGGAAGGAGCUAGAAUAUAUUAUUGUGUCAAGAUUAAUUGAUAUAUGUUAUGCUAUAGCAACAGUCUCAAGUGAAGUUAUCCUUGAUUCAAUGGCGGACUUGAAACAAUUCUUUAUUGAAUUGAUUCUCUUCUGUGCACAAAAGUUGGGCUUGGAACCUGUAGCCGGAGAAAGUCAUUUAGAUACAUUAUUGCGAGAAGAAGUUCUUGUUGCGUUGGCUACUUUUGAUCAUAGUGAAACUCAGAAAGAAUUAAUGAAGCGCCUCAGAUCAUACUUGGAUGAUAGAGACACUUCACUGCUGUCUGUUAAAAUAAAAAAGGCUGCAUACAUAUCUGUGAUGCGUAAUACAAGUACUAUCGACAGAUAUGGAUUUGAAUCCCUACUAAAACUUUACAGAGAAACUGGUGCUGUGCAAGAAAAAACCAGAAUACUGGGUUCAAUAGCAUCUUGUUCGGAUCCAGCCAUAAUCGUAGAGGUUCUGGAUUUCAUGUUGUCUAAUGAGCUCUCGGAGAGUACGUAUUUUAUGUUACAGGUUCGUGAACAAGAUGCGAUAUAUGUAACUGCUGGUAUAAGUUUGGAAGGCCGUGAAACAGCAUGGACAUGGUUUAAGGAGAAGUGGGAUUCAAUUGUAACGAAGUGGGGUACAGGGAUGGUAUUUAACCACUUCAUCAGAGACAUCAUUAGACCGUUUUGCAGCCAUACAAAAGCAGAUGAAGUUGAAGCAUUCUUUGCAGACCGCAUAAACCCUUCAUUUGCAAUGAACUUGAAACAAAGUAUUGAGCAAAUUCGAAUCAAAGCAAGAUUGGUUGAGAAGAUGAAGCAAGAAGAAUCUCUUAAAGAGCUUGUCAAGGAGCUAGCUUGUGGUGAAUGAUGAUUUCACCAUUAGAAAUAAGCUUGCAGUAAAAUCUUGUACAAGUUGUAUCAACUUUCUGCUUUAUAUUGAAAUAAAAUAGUGUUGAACAUUCCACAAA